GGAAAAGUAGCGGGCACACUUUACUUCACAUUCGAUACUAUCUUUUUGUUUUCAUUCAACGAAUUCCCUGUAAACCUAACGAAAAAGGGUCAAAAUUCAAGAUAAAUUUUGGGCUGAAUUUCGGUUGAAGCAGAUCUGGUUUGCCAAGCAUAAUGCCCGCGGUUGAGGAGACUCAAAUAACUAAGUAUCUAUCAAAGUAUAAAUAUGUGGGUGCCACCAAGAAGGAUGUGGUUGAUGUGGUCACAUCGUAUCGCAGCCUGACCUACGACCUGCAGCGAUUCGUAUUCAACGAUGGCAGCUCCAAGGAAUUGUUCACCAUCCAGGGCACUAUUCCCGUGGUUUACAAAAAUAACACCUACUACAUUCCCAUUUGUAUAUGGUUAAUGGACACUCAUCCGCAGAAUGCACCCAUGUGCUUUGUCAAGCCCACGCCCACCAUGCAGAUAAAGGUCUCCAUGUAUGUGGAUCACAAUGGAAAGGUCUAUCUGCCCUAUCUUCACGACUGGCAGCCGCACAGCUCCGACCUUCUGUCGCUCAUUCAGGUGAUGAUCGUCACCUUUGGAGAUCAUCCGCCGGUGUACUCAAAGCCCAAGGAGCAAAUCGCUGCGCCAUAUCCCACAAACUCCUAUAUGCCUCAGCCAGGAGGUCCCGGUGGCAGCAAUUCUUUUUUGCCUUAUCCCACAGCUGGCGGAGCCGGUGGCAGCACCUUUCCGCCGUAUCCAACCGGCUCCAAUUUCGGCCCGUAUCCACCGGCCGGCGCUGGUCCAGCUGGGCCAUCCGGCUAUCCGCCCUACAUGAAUUUUCCACAGCCAGCGGGCGGUGGCUAUUCACCAGCAGCAGUAUAUAACCCUUCUAAUCCUAGCUCCACGGGAACUAUUACCGAGGAACACAUAAAAGCAUCACUUAUCAGCGCUGUGGAGGACAAGCUGCGUCGUCGCAUCCAAGAGAAAGUCAAUCAGUAUCAUGCCGAGAUCGAGACGCUCAAUCGCACCAAGCAGGAGCUGGUCGAGGGAAGUGCCAAGAUCGAUGCCAUCAUAUCACGUCUUGAACGUGAACAGGUUGAUCUGCAGAAGAAUAUCAGUGUUUUGAAAGACAAGGAACAGGAGCUGGAAAAAAGCAUUGAAACACUGGAGAGCGCUGAGGCCAUUGACCCUGACGAGGCGGUGACUACCACAGCGCCCCUAUACCGACAAUUACUCAAUGCCUAUGCUGACGAGGCAGCCACCGAAGAUGCCAUCUAUUACCUGGGUGAAGGGCUCCGUGGAGGCGUCAUCGACCUGGAAACCUUCCUCAAGCAUGUGCGCCAACUUUCCCGAAAACAGUUUAUUCUGCGGGCCACCAUGCAAAAGUGCCGACAAAAGGCCGGACUGGCCGGAUAGAACAGUCAUGAUUUCAAAUGUUGAUUUCUUAUUCGACGGAGUGUGUGCACGUGUAGACGAUUUAUAUGUUAGGAGAAUAUAUAUUCGAUAUUGUUUUAAGCGCAAAUUGAAUCUUUGAAAAUGAAAUUACAAUAAACCUUAAUUAAAAGAAGGCUUCAUUUACGUUCACGCCCACGA